UCGAGGUUGCCAUUGUGUCAUUUGCUGUUUGGCCGUCGGAGAACAGAUAGAUCCAAGAUGAGUGGAGAGAAGCGCCUACUGGAAGACUGUUCCUUGGAGGAGCUUGAACAGGAGAUGAAGCGAAGACGUUUACAGGAAGCGAACAAGAACACGGUAGUAGUGGCAACAUGUACUACUGCUGCUCCUAGCGCGACACCGGUAGGUCGAAAGACCGCUCAUGAUAUUCUCAAGCGCAACUGCUUUUUGGAGAAGGAGAAACGCAAGACACGGGGUGAAUAUUUUCCAGUUCAUCUGGCAAUCUCACUCUUGAGACAGCAUCCAAUGCUUGUGGCAAAACCCUUCAACGGCGAUUCUGUCUUCCCCUAUUUUCUCCGAGCCGGUGCUCCGCUCUCCGUCAUGCAAGAGGUUUGCUCCAUGUGGAAAGCUCAUGCUCCAACUCCGUCAAGUUCAAGAUACAAUGGCUGGCUGGGAAGUUUCAAUUUCAGCCCAAAUCCAAUCGCUGAUUUCUGUCUUUUUGGACAAGGAGACACAGGCGUCGUUCGACUCUUGGUGGAAGAAUUUUCAAGUCUUUUCUUCGAGUGUCCCGACCAUGACGAUUACUAUCCAAUUGAAUUGUUUCUAGACCGUUGUGGCUCAAGAGAUGUUGCCGACGAUUUCGAGGCGGAGCCCUCUCCGGCUUUCCCACAGGCUAAGCAGAUUCUGGAGUCCAUGCUGAAGCACGGCCCAAAGUCAGACACGCAUUCCGAAUAUUAUGACGAGUUCUUUGUCAAAGCUCUAACUGAUGGUUUUGGGAAAGUUUGGUCUCCUUUCAUGGUGAAAGCAUUGGUCAAUCUAUGCGGAGUUGAUUCGCUUGUAUUUGAAGAGGACGACUGGACUAUGGGCACAUUGCUUUCUGCAACAACAAUUCUCUCAAAACUCAAGACCCUCCGAUUCAUACAUGGUUCUAUGAGCAUGGACGUACAUGUAUUCAUUGCAACUCUGAAUCACCUUCAUUGCUGCCCAAAUGAUCUGCUACUGGAAGAUUUGGAGCUUCUAAUCCCAGCGGGGUUUCCAGAGGACCAGGAGGGAAAGAAUCUGAUGGUGGCUGCUGUGCAGUCCUGCCGCGAGUUGAAAAAACCUUUGUCUGUCCCUCCCCAUAGAUUAUGAGGCGGGAACUGUCAUGAAUGGCCAAGAACUCUGUGCAGUCAGCAAAGACAUCAUUCAGGCCCAUCAUGGCAUCAAAGUCCUUUCUUGAGCGAUUUUUCCCUCGACAACGCGACUCCACUCAGUGAGCUACUCUCUGUCGUGGCGGCAACGGUCAAAGAAUUUUAUGUUCAAAGGUGCAAUAUUUGUCAGGAUGGAUGGGUGCCUUCUCCAAUUGCCCACCACAGCACUUUGGAAUUGUUUGAGUUUGUCUGUGGUACUUCGUCUCUUCGUAUUGACUGGACACGCGG